CUUUUUAACAUCGAUAAACAUAUCCUUUUAACAUUGACAAAUAUAUCCUUUUAGCACCGACACACUUUCCUUUAUAUGAGUGACGGUGAAUCUGAAAUAGACCUUGAUGUCCACCCCGAUAUCAGGGAGAAUCCGCUCGAUGAGGUGUCGCUUACGGCUGCCAUCCUCGGUCUUGUCUGCGGAGUAUCCAUCACGCUGCUUCCUUACUUCCGUUUUAAGACUUUGAAUCUCUACCUAGGCUUCCUAGCUGUUUUCCACUUUCUAGAAUACUAUGUGACGGCCCGAUACAACGCGGACAAGGUGGUGGCGGACUCGUUCUUAUUGUACUCCAAUGGCCUGGCCUACACCGCUGCUCACGCCUGUGCGCUCGCUGAGGCUAUGAUCGAACACUACUUUUUCCCCCAGUUCAAGAUUUCCCACCCCUAUGUGACAACUAUUGGGUUUGUUUUGGUGGUGGCGGGCCAGGUGUUGCGGUACCAGGCGAUGGCCACGGCCGGGAGAUCUUUCUCCCACCUCAUUGCCGUGGAGAAGAAGAACAGCCAUACCUUGGUAACCGAUGGGGUGUACCGUUUCUCUAGACACCCAAGCUAUGCAGGGUUCUACUGGUGGGCUAUUGGGACCCAGCUCAUGUUGCUCAACCCAGUGUGUUUGGCCGGGUUUGCCGUAGUUCUCUGGCGCUUCUUCAACAGGCGCAUUGAAGUGGAGGAGCGGUAUUUGGUCCAGUUUUUUGGACAGAGGUACAAUGUAUUUAAAAAGAGCACCGGAACCUUGAUUCCAUUUGUGUGAGAGUUACUAUAGAGAAAUGAAGGUUUAUCAAAAAGUUAAGAAAGAGCAAAUGAAGUGAGGGCCUAG